AAAGAAAUUGCGGUUCUUGAUCUUAUAUAAAGCAUUGACAGAGGAGAGGAAAACUCCAAAGAAGAAAGAAUCUUUACAACAAAUAUUCCAGGUUCAUGUAAGCUAUCCACUACUAAGAUAUUUCUCCUGUUUCUCCUCACGUAACUCCAAAUCAAAAGAUCAAAAAGGAGGCCUUGAUCUUCGGAAAGGUCCUGCUGAGAAAAAAAAAAACAAACAUGUAUCUGGUGGAGAGUAAAGGAGGGGCCAUAGCCUGCAUGCUCCUGUCCUUGCUCUGCUUAGGGACAUGGCCUGCUUUCAUCACCCUCUUGGAGAGGCGAGGUCGUCUUCCUCAACACACUUAUCUCGAUUACACCAUCACCAACUUGUUGGCUGCUGUUUUCAUUGCUCUAACGCUCGGUCAGUUUGGAACUUCCACACCCGAAAAACCGAAUUUCAUCACUCAGCUUUAUCAAGAUAAUUGGCCUUCUGUUCUGUUUGCAAUGGCCGGAGGGAUAGUUCUUAGCCUCGGGAAUUUGGCGUCGCAAUAUGCUUUUGCCUUCGUGGGGUUGUCGGUCACGGAGGUUAUUGCUGCAAGCAUCACUGUAGUUAUAGGAACAACCUUGAACUACUUCUUGGAUGACAAAAUCAACAGAGCCGAGAUUCUUUUCCCCGGUGUUGCCUGUUUCUUGAUCGCUGCUUGCCUUGGAUCUGCUGUUCACAGAUCCAACGCAGCUGAUAACGAGGCUAAGCUCCGAGAUUUCAAGGGUCCAGUUUCAUCAACUGAGAUGGAGAUAGUUUCCAAAGAAUCAAAAGACCUCGAGAAUGGAUACGGGAAAUCAACGGAGAAGGCCAAACAAGGGACUGCAGGUUUCCUCAUAGCCCUCGAGAAGCGAAGAGCCAUAAAGGUAUUUGGGAAAAGCACGAUAAUCGGACUGCUGAUAACGUUCUUUGCGGGAAUAUGCUUCUCCCUAUUCUCACCGGCAUUCAACCUUGCCACAAAUGAUCAAUGGAGCACUCUGAAACAAGGGGUUCCAAAGCUCGUAGUGUACACAGCGUUUUUCUACUUCUCGGUUUCUUGCUUCAUCAUUGCAAUGAUCUUGAACAUUGCAUUUCUGUAUUUCCCGCCAUUUGGUCUCCCAAGAUCCUCCACUAAAGCUUACCUAAACGACUGGAACGGCCGUGGAUGGGCGUUCUUGGCCGGUCUUCUCUGCGGUUUCGGCAAUGGACUUCAGUUCAUGGGCGGCCAAGCCGCUGGAUAUGCAGCUGCUGAUUCUGUGCAGGCGCUUCCACUGGUGAGCACGUUCUGGGGAGUGGUUUUGUUCGGAGAGUACAGAAGAUCGUCGAGAAGAACAUAUGUUCUCCUCUUCUGCAUGCUGUCGAUGUUCAUCGUCGCUGUCGCUGUCCUUAUGGCUUCUUCUGGUCACAGGAAAUAAGCUUCUGCUUAUUCUCUCGAGAAACGUGUAGGUUAAGUUACGUAUGACUCUUAUUUCCUAUGUAUUCAUUCUGAUGAGGUGAUUUAAUAUACUAGAUUAAUUAAUAAAAUCGCUCAUUUAAAUUU